GCCUUAUACCCCUGCUCAGGCCGCCGUUCAGAGCCUAUAUGCGCCCUCACACCAAAUUUCUGACGAAGGUCCAAACGAAGGUCCAACCAAGGAAAACCUCUUUACGCUUCGUAGCCUUCGCGUUGUAUACUCGUCCUGUCACAGGGUAUGCUUACGGCUUUGUUACGAUGCGCGUGGAGUUCAGCCUAUGAUAGCGCAGACGAAUUUUGUAGAAUGCAGAUACUUCCCGCUAGAGUCCCUGCUGUUGACCUUUAGAAUGCACAUGCAAAUGCAACUCAGCAGUAAAUUAACCAGAGGGCAGCAGCUCCGGCAUGGAAGGUGUCGAUGGCACUUUCUGUUUGUAGUACUAGCUCUCCGUUCAGGCUUGUCCGCGAGCCAGCGCCCCCCGCAGCCACCUCGACCUCCACCAUCGCCGAAGCCCCCAACCCCGCCACCGUCUCCAUUUCCCUCACCACCGCCGGUCCCUUCUCCACCAAGCCCACUUCCUCCCAGCCCGCCACCGCUGCCUCCAAAACCUGUGCCGCCCUCGCCAGAACCCCCAUCCCUGCCCACGCCGCCGUCUCCCCCUUCGCCUCCCCCGGUACCUCCUACGUUGCCCCCUGCACCGCCAUCACCUCCCACAAAUGAAACGACCUAUCUGUUCUCCACCCCAGCCGGCGUCUACUACCUAUACCGGAACAAGGCCAGCUGGACCACCGCGCUGGAGGUCUGCAGGGCUCGCGACAUGACGCUCGCCUCCUGGCCAGACAACCAGGAGCUUUACAACAUCUUCGCGGGCGCCUGGGAGUACACCUACGCGCCGGAGUUCUGGGUGGGGGUGCUGCGCCGGGCCAACAAGACAGAGUACGAGUUCGCGGAUGGCGGCGCCGUGCCCGCCAUUGAUGGACUACCGAUUGAGGAGUACAUUGAGGUGGUCGACCCCACCUGUGUGACGGACGUGCGGGGGUGCUGUGCCUCGCUCACGGACCGAGCGGUGGGGAGGUUCGUGGGGCCGUACCAAACGCCCCGUGGUCCGCGGCUGCUGGUGCGGAACUGCCUCAGCACUCUGCUCUACCUGUGCGAGGCCUCGCUGCCGCCCAGUCCCUCACCCCCCUCGCCGCCCUACACUCCGCUGGCCGCCAACCUGCAGCUGCGCUUCCAGCUCGACUACCUCAGCCUGACCACCACAGCAGGCCGGUUGGCGGCGUUCAGGCUGCGGGUUGCGGAGCUGCUGCGCAAGGAGUAUGCGGCCAAUCCAACGGAUGUCAACGUGUACGAGGCCUACCAGGACACGGACGGUUCCACGGUGCUGCGCCUGCUGCUCUCGCUGCCGGCUGCCGUGGACGCCAACUCGGCCGCCUCCUACCUCUUCCGCCUCACCACCUCGCCCUCACUCGUCUUCGACAACACCUUCCGUGCACAGUAUCUGGUCGGCACGCCCAUCUACGCCACGCUGCUUGGGGUGGUGCCGCGCAACGCGCCGCCCCCUGCUGGCGCGCUGCAGCAGAGCAGCGGCGACCGCAGCGACGGCGCGCCGGACCGCAGCCGUGUGGGUCUGCUGGCAGGGCUGGUGGGCGGAGGCGGACUGGCACUGCUGAUGGGAGGUGUGGUCGGCUACCUGGCGCUAGCGAGGAGGCGGGCGGCGCUGCGGGCAGUGCAGGAGGUGCACUGAGAGGGAGGGGUAAAGCGGGAGAGUAAUAGCGGGAUAAGAUUCCUCCGGAGAGGGAGGGGUGGUUGAAUGGGAGGCCCGAUCAUUGACGGUUGCGAAUUGGCGAUGUGUACAUCAUUACCAAGAUUCGCCAAGAAACGCGUCUUGGUGGGGACGGGCGUGGAGUUCGGGGAGGCGGUCGCCAAUGUUGGAACCGGUUAGCGCUGAAGCGUGGAGGGAUGUGCAGUCGGGUUGGAUGGGGAUGGGCAGGAAACCAGAAGGGUGUAGGGGG